UGACUGUAGUUGAAAAAGCUGUGUGGUUUACUAAAAUGAAAGGUGAUGAAUUUGUGGAUGUGAGGACAGAGGCAGAGUUUGCAGGUCGUGUUCAGUAUCACUGUGAUAACAAAGACUGCACUCUGAGUAUCACAGACCUGAGAGAGAGCGACUCAGCUGAGUACAAGUUCAGAUUUGUGACAAACCAACCAGGAGGGAAAUAUACUGGAUCACCUGGAGUCACUCUGUCUGUCACAGUUCUCCAGGCACAAGUGAUAAAAACUUGGCCAACCUUGUAUCCUACUUGGAAGAAGGUGACGUGUCAGAGCAGCUGUCGUCUACCUGAUCCUCUUUCCUAUGUCUGGUACCAGAAUGAAGUGAAUAUUGACAGAAAGGAGUCUUCUAUUGAAAAAUACUUUGAUGAUACAGACAGCAUUUCCUGUGCUGUAAAAGGAUACGAGAAGCUUCCCUCUCCUUCAGUGUGUGUUGGUGAUCAAACCUGUAACACAGUGACUUACACCAGCAGAAGCAUCUGUGCCCUCAAAGGUUCAUCAGUGGACAUUUCUUGCAUCUACAGUCAUACACAUCCUGCUGUGUCCAAAUUCUGGUUCAGUCCUGAACGUAGUCAUCAGUGGCAGCAUCGCUCACACCCCGAGGACCUCAGAACAGACUCCCACUAUGCAGGUCGUGUUGAGGUCAUUGAAACAGAGAGAGGACGCUCCACUCUGAGAAUCAGAGACCUGACAGAGAGGGAUUCAGCCGAGUAUCACUUUAAAUUCAAAACACAAAGCUUUGAAUGGAAGAGUAGUUUACCUGGAACAACUCUGAGUGUCGCAGCUCUGCAGGUGAAGGUGAGCAGAAUAAUAUCAGUCCAGCGGACUCAGACUGAGGCAGAGCUGAAGUGUCAAAGCAGCUGCAGUCCAGCUGGUCGUCUUUCUUACGUCUGGUUCAAGAACGGACAGAAAAACACGACACAGCAAACUUCUGCUUAUACAGACUACUUUAAUCCUGGAGACAACAUCUCCUGUGCUUUCUCUGGAUACGAGGAUUACCGCUCUCCAUCAGUGUAUCCUUUAAAGCUUCCCUCUGUGUCAGUGAGUCCCUCUGGUGAGAUAGUGGAGGGCAGUUCAGUCACUCUGACCUGUCGCACACAUGCUAAUCCAGCAGCUAAGAACACUUUGUACAAAGGCAACCAAAUCUUGCCUCUAACACCAGAAGGUAUUUAUAAUUUCGCGUCCAUCAGCUCUGAGGACAGAGGCAUCUACGACUGCAAGACUGAGGAUCAGCUCUCUGUGUCUUUAUUCAUAGAUGUCCAGUAUGCUCCAAAGAUUCCCUCUGUGUCAGUCAGUCCCUCUGGUGAGUUAGUGGAGGGCAGUUCAGUGACUCUGACCUGUAGCAGUGAUGCUAACCCAGCAGCUAACUACACCUGGUACAAGGAGGAUGAUGACUCAGCAAAAGCAUCUGGACAGAACUUCAUCAUCACUGACUUCAGACCUGAACACAGUGGGAGUUAUUACUGUGAAGCCCAGAACACAAGAGGACGUCGCAGCUCCACCUCCCAUCAUCUCACUGUUGUGACAGGGGAAUCAAUAAUAAUACAGAAUAUUAUCAGAUUAACUUUGGUGGUCCUGAUGCUGAUUCCUCUGCUUCUUGUGAUUUUGUGGAUGAGCUCUGAGGACAGAGGCAUCUACCACUGCAAGACUGAGGAUCAGCUCUCUGUGUCUUUAUUCAUAGAUGUCCAGUAUGCUCCAAAGAUUCCCUCUGUGUCAGUCCGUCCCUCUGGUGAGUUAGUGGAGGGCAGUUCAGUGACUCUGACCUGUAGCAGUGAUGCUAACCCAGCAGCUAACUACACCUGGUACAAGGAGGAUGAUAACUCAGCAAAAGCAUCUGGACAGAACUUCAUCAUCACUGACUUCAGACCUGAACACAGUGGGAGUUAUUACUGUGAAGCCCAGAACACAAGAGGACGUCGCAGCUCCACCUCCCAUCAUCUCACUGUUGUGACAGGCUCAUGGGAACUUCCUGUAAUCCUCUCAGUCUCUGUUACUGCUCUGGUCAUCAUACUCCUCUUUCUCCUGCUCUGGAUUAGAAGAUCAUUGAAACACCAAUCAGAGGCUGCAGAGAGGCCAGACAACGGAGCACAGACGGAUGAAAUUCAGUAUGCUGCUGUACAAUUUAGUACAAACCGGCCAGACUUUGCUAACUCCAACUCCAGCUCAGCUCAGCGUGACAGAUACCAGGAAGAGAGUGUUACAUACUCCACCAUGAAUGUCAGAAGUGCUAGAAGAUCAAAACACCAAGCUGCUGUGGAGGAUGCCUCUGCACUGUACAGCACCGUUAACAAACAUCGCAGAGUGUGAACACAGCCUGGAGCUGCUGUGUGUUUCAUCAGGCU